GAAAGACUACGGCUCCCGGCAAGCAGCUCGAGCUCCCGCGCAGGCGCGCCUCUCCCGCCACGGGGCACGCCGGGAGUUGUAGUGCGACGGGCGAUAGUGCCGCGCCCAGGAGGGGUUGGGCAGGGGACGGAGGUGCCCCGUCCCUUCCCUGUCUGAGGGGCGGCGGCGGCGGCCGCCGCCGCCCGGGGGUGUCGUGUGCCGGGACACGGAGGUGGCAGUAGCUGUGGCGGUGGCUAUGGCGCAGCAGCCGCCAAUGUCACGGCGGUGUUAGGCCCCAACGCGCCGUCCGCCAGCGCCGCCGCCAGGGAGCUCCGUGCCGGGAAACGCUGUAGAGGGGCAGGGAUGUCCCCGGGGUUGUUACCACCCAGGAUAGCGCAGUGGGCUGAUGUUUCCACUUUAAUUAAUGCAGGUCCCCUAGCGGUGGCCUCGGUUUCUCCGCAGACCGCGUCACUGCGGGUGCGGCAAGCAGCGGAGCCAUUUCACUGUGCCACGGGAGAUGCCGCGGCUGCCACGGACACAGCGGCGGCCGCGGGCCGGAGAGGCUGUUGGUCAACCACGGUGUACAAUGCGACAGACACGUCGCAUUGUACACACGAUUGUGUGGCACAAGCGGGCCCGCACAUCCUCAGAGGAGCACAGGGUGACGAUGGCAGGAGGGGGAGCCCCAGCAGCACCCACCAGGCCCCUUCCAGGCCCAAUCCAGGAGCAUCAGCCCAAUAAAGGCCCAUUUCGAGGGGCACAGGAGCACAGUGGCAGGUGGGAACCCAAAUUAAGGACUCAGAGAAAGGAACCCUGUCCAGCCCCAUGCCAGGAGCCUCAGCCCCAGAGCACCUUUAGGAUUAGGGGUGUAGCUGUCUUCAGGGGUGUGGGACACAGGACAAGAUGCAGGGGAAGAGCAUUUGGGGAUUGCACAGGACUCAUCAGGGAGUUAUUGGGGCAGGAGCCAGGGGUGAUCUAGGGCACACAGAGAAACAAAUAUAGCAUACAGGAAUAAAAAGGGCCAGUCAUGUGUCACUGGUUUGCGAUGAUUUGUCCACGUCCUGCACCUGAUCAGUGCAGCCUGUUGGGUCUUCUCAUUAAACUUCUUUUGCACUUUGCCCUGCGUGAGGAACUCGUGGUCAGAGCACCACAGGGAGCUGGCUGCUGGGGGCUGGAGAGGUUGGGAUUGAGGGGCAGCCACUGGGCACUGCCUGAGCCCAGCUGCUGGAAGGAGACACACUGUACACAGGUGUAAAUACUCCUGUAAAUACACAGACACUCACUAGUGCACCUCCGUCCUGCUCAGCUGGAGCAGAGAGUGGGAUGAGGCUGCCAGUGCUGUGUGGGAGUGCUCUGUGUUUAUGGAUGUGUAAUCUGUGUCCAUGUGUAUUUGCUUAAUUGGUGCGUGUGUGAGUUUGUGCAUGUGCCUGUCGGGAAUACAAAUUCUGUCUGGCUAUUGCUUGGACAUGGGCAUGGGGCUGCAGCAGCCUCACCUCUCUCAGGCUACCAGAUCUCAGACAAUUUUGCCACAGCAAUAGAUACAUAUAUUUGUGUACAUACACACAUUGGUAUAUUUCACAGGGCUUCAUAUAGAAGCACAGCAUUUCUACCCAUUGAAUUGAGAUAAGAUAGAUGAAAGCAGACAGGCAACAGCUUUCUCCCAAAGCAGUUGCACAAAAAAAAAAAAAAAAAAAAACAGUUCUGUUUUUCUUUCAGGGAUUUUACGUUUCUUGCAUCCUACCUAAGCACAUCUGUAAUGCAGCAGGAGGUCUGGUUACAGUAUUGGCUGGCAUUCCUGAUAUACCUUGAAUCAAAUUAGCACAGUUAUGGGUGGCGGCAGAGAUCUUCAGGUUUUCCUGGUUUUGAUGAAAGUCUGGUUUCAGGUGCAAUGGAGCUAAUGCAGUGCAGGUACAAGGAUGAAUUCCUGUUUCCUGUCUCUUUGCUCUUCUGCUCCCUUCUCCCCACCAAAUACAUAUUUUCAGGCAUGUUCAUUCUUCAUGUCUUGUGAUAACAUACCCUUAACAGCCACCACAGAUGACACCUUUUUGGAUCACAGUCAUCACCUGCAGGCAAGGAUUUGCAAAACUUGUGUGGGGCCUUGUGUGGGGUGAGGCUGUGAGGGAGCCUACCAGAGAGAGAGGCAGGUCCAGGCUGCCUGGGUCUGUGUGGUCACAGAGCAAAGCAUGGAAACAGCAAAAAACACCACCAGAGUUCCUACUGUCUGAAAGCAGAGAUACCUGAGACCAGGCUGACAUCAGGUGCAGGUAAAAUUAAGACAGAAGGUAGCUUCAUUUCUGACAACAACUUCUGAAGGCGUGAGAGUUUUUGUUAUCUGAGUUAAUUCAGCUGAAGGGAAUUUACUCUUAAACCAAUACACAAUUUUGAGCAGAAUUUUUCUUCAUGCAAAAGCGAGGCACACACUAAGCAUGUUUUUAAACACAGCCUGAAAAGACGACAACAACACUGAAUGCUGACAAAUGACCCUGAGCUGGGGGAGGAAGAGUGGAAGUGGACAGAGUAAACAGAUCAGCCAUCAUGCUGUGAUUGAGUUAAAUUUGAGUUUAGGCAAAAUACCCCUGGCUCUUGUUUUCCCCAGUGCAAUGGGAUGCCAGAAAAUGGUAUCACGAUAAUGCAGCCCUUUCUAAAAAAGGCCACGGAGCCAGACUGCUGACCAUAUUUAGCUCUACUAAGUUGCAAUUGGCACCAGCAAGCCUUGGUUGUCACCCACUGACAUUUUCUUCAGCCCUAAAAAUGAAAACAGUUGCCUGCAAUGUUUCAAGCCAUGAGAGUCACUGAGGACUCACAGAUGGGAAAGAGGAAGAUAAGGCAAAGUAUCAAGUUCAUCAUGACUUAGGAUCUCCAGGCCACCACAGCCAAAAGUGUUGUUCUGUGUUUCUGAGGUAGUGAGAGGUGGCAGCAAACAGCAGCAGGGUCACAAGGGAUGUCUGCAGCCAGAUGGGCUGAGCACCCACCAGGGAGAAGCAGCACCUGCCCCAUCUGCACCCCUGAACCUCACUGGCAUGGACCUGUCUCUACUCACCAUCAGUAUGAAGUGCUCACCAUGGAAGUCACUGUGAAAUAUUUUAAUGAGUCUGUGCCUGCAGUAAAACAUGACUGCUCUCCUUUGCUCCUCUGCUUCCCCAGGUUUGGCUGAGGAAGGGUGGUGCUGGGAGCUGUACCCUCAGGCUUACUCUUGGUGGCUGGUAGGACCUUUUCGCUGUACAGUAGAGGGAUUGAAGCUUGGGAGUCUCCUGGGGUCCUCAGGAGGAGGGCAGGCACCUCUGCCCAGCUGCUCAAGUCUGGGCCAUUCCCACUUUCCUCUCCUUGUGUCCACCCUCUGGACAGAUCAGAAAACCACCAUUGCUGCCUGUGCCAGCUGCUGUGUCCAGUGACAAUGGGAACUGGGUGACAAUUCCAACUGCAGAAACCACAAACUGGUGUGGGCACUAAGGGGAGUUAAGUUGUCAAGGGCAAGCCUCCAUCAGAGAGCAGCAGGGAGCUGAUACAGGGCUGGGGAAGGGGUUUGAUCUUUUCCUCUCAUGCAGGGGACAUGGAGUGCUAUUUGUUCUGCCUCUCGACUUGCCUGCAAAGUAUCACUCCAGGAGUGACAGAGUUAACAAAUACAGUGGAAGAGACAGCUCUGUAAGCUGAGCUACGUGGUCACAUGCACAGGUUUUAUUUUUAACAUCCCAAAACUACUUGAUGUUUCUGCCUGGGCUUGCUCCGCGUCCUUCUGUUCUCUUCUCUUUCUUUGUGUGCAGUUCUCCCUCACCCACCUCACUUCAGCCCAGCUGAGCACAACCAGGAGAGAAGUGUUUGGUACAUGCACAGGGACUCUAUGAUCAAGGUAAGACUUUGUAAAUAGAGUUGGAGGUUUUUUUGGACAAACCUUGAUGGAAUGUAAUGGUUACUAUAGCAAGCUAUGGAAAUCAAGACAUCUUCAAAACAGCCUUAGUAAUUAAGAUGAAAUAGAAUAAUCAUGAGAUGUCUUAAAUGACACUCUAAAACAGAGGCAGCUGGUAACUGUGAGCACUUCUGUGACAUACUACUCUAAAAAAAAAACCCUCCAUAAUAUAUUCAGUGAUUUAGCUGUAAUUUGCAGCACUGUAUGCAGGAUUUAAAAAAAACUAGGAUGCUGAUUGUAAGAUGGGAGCUUCAGCAGCAGAUCAGAUGAUAUAUCAAGAAUUCAAUUUCUGUUAUUUUCAGGAAACUCAGAGAAGACAAGGAGAUACAGUAAGGAGUCAGAGGAAAGGCAAGGGCAAUCUCAUGGCAAAAGUGCUUAUACUUAAAAUUAAAUUAGUUCUGUAGAUUGAGACUGCAAACUUUAUGUUGGAAUUCUAGACUGAAUGAAUGAUGGAGUAAGAAUUGCAAGAGUUAAAGGUACUACUGUACUAUUUAGUGUUGUGACUGCUUAGCAAUUUUUAUUCAUUAAUCUCUUUUAUUUUAUGACAUAGAUCUUAACCAGUAGCUCUGAGAUUCUUUACACUGGGCAUCUUUCAGAAAAGUAUGUUAAUGAGAUUGUUACCAGAGCAUAAAAUAGAACCCGAGCCCAAAGAGAAAAAAAACAUGGUUUGGACCAUUACCCUCCUUUUUGUUGUUGUUGUUGUUGUUGUUGUUGUUGUUGUUGUUUUUUGGGUUUUUUUUCUUAAACUGCAACCAAACUGAACUUAUUCUUUUAAAGCACUUGUUGAACUCAAACCAAGACCAAACCCAUUUCCUAGUUACCAAUGCAAAGUGGAAGUUUCCUUGACUGUGUCUACCAAGGACAGCACAGAUCCUUACAGGUCUGAGGAGCAGCAGAGCAGCUCCAUGUCACAGCCUGCUGAUCUGCCUGUCUCCCAGAGGACUCCCCAACAAGCCCAGCACACGAUGCUGAUGCUGAGGAAUCCUGCACUAUGCUACCAGCCCAGGGGACUGUUUCAGCACCUGGAAUUUUUGGGUGGGAUUCUCUCAGAUGAGCUAUAGCUACAUUGCCCCAGGUAGGGAGGAGCAAGAAACAUUGCUGAUCCAGGUGUUUUAGUGGAGAGUGCAGUGCAGGGUUCCCACCACAGUGCCCUGUGUUGCCUGUGCCUCACUGCUCUGAAGUCUCCCUGCUCCUCCUGUAACAGCUUUAGUUCAUUUCACCAGACAGAAAUUGCACAAGCAAAUCUUGCUGCCACUUUACUGCCUGUGUGCAGCACAGAUUUUCCAGGCAAGGGGGAGCCCUGAUGGUGCAACAGCUUCUCUUGAUCUCCAUGGUCCUGCAUGUCAGAUAUAGGGAGCUGAGGAGAAGCUGAUGUGCUGUUCUGAGAACCUGAGCAACAAGCAUGCUCUGGAAGAAAGGCAAGGAACAUGAAUUGAAGUCCUUGCCCAGCUGCUGCACUAUACUGUGGAUUUAUUUUUUCAGUAUAAAGCAAUUCCAACCUGUUCAGUAACUCUGAAAUAGUGGUUAUUGCCAUGAAACACCACAGCCUCAUCCAGAUGAUCCCCAGGUAGGAAAUACAGGCUCCCUAAUUGUCACAGCUUCAUCCUUCCAUUGUUGGGCUAAUCCAACAAGUCAGCUGUUUCACAGAAAAUCUUACUCCUCCUCAUGUCUUAUGCUAAGGAUUUGAAGUUCACCCGCAUUGCCCUGGAAUCAAAGUGCCCCUUAAAAUCCAUGUGAACUGGUUCAAUGUCACCUCAAAAGUAGGUCUUGUUUAUGCUCACUAUUAGUGUUAUUGAGGAAGAUUUCAUCUACAUUUCAUCUUUUCACCUUUAAUUCUCCCUUUCCACCUGCCCUGAGCCAUACCAUACUCACUGCCUGCCUCAUUUAAAGCUUGACUGGCAACUUGUAUGUGCAAGGUCAGUCUGAAAUGGCAACUGCAGAGCAGGAGUGCCAUGAAGGACAGUGACCCACUGUACUGAGUGCCAACAGGGUCACCCAAGCUGUAGCUGACCCUGCUGUGGUUGUUGAGGUGUGGAGUUUAACUUAUUUAGAGGUCCCCAUGAUUCCAGGUGGUGGCAUUCUUGGAUUUGCUUUUUAUUUUGUGUCUAAGGAGAUGACUUAAAAAAACUUGGGCUCCUGGGAUUCAUGUACAAAUGAAGUACACUAUGGUUUCCACUGACAUAGUGAUUUUGUCCUCACCUCUAAGAAAUAAAAAUAUCUGUUUAGCAAAAGGAGACCCAAGCCUGAUUUCUUGACAAGGUUGAUAAGCAAGUAGUGAUUGAGGAAGAGCAGUGCAUAAAAGGAAAAGAAAAUCACUAGUAAAAGACUUACUUGGUCUAGAAAAUGGGAUUCUAUAGCUGGCUCUGCCAAAGUUUUUGUGCAGGAGGCAUGCAACUGCAAGUGAAACAUAAGAACCUGAGCAUCUCUAUGCUUGGCAUUUUUGCCUAGCAUUUACAUACUUGUAUAAAAUACCAUAUUUAAUUCUAUAUAUUUUAAUCUUUCUAAACUUUACAUCUGUCAAAUAUAAGCAAUAGUACUUUUCAACCUCAAGUGCUCCUCUAGUAUUGCAAAGAUAAAUUCAUUAUUGUGAAAGUGAUCAGAUCUAAGAUAGUAAAUAUACUGACAUGAAAAUUCUUAGAUGGUAAGAAAAUUAAUAACUAUUCCCCUCAAGAUUUCAGUAUGAUACAGAUGAGAUGAAUGCUAUAUACUGGGUAACAAGGGUUAAAAGAAAUAGGGAACAUUCCUAUCUGCCCUAUACACUCCACCAGAAGUAUUCACAUUCCUUGUGUUGUAACAUUGUAUAUAACUUCAGCAUUCUUGGCUCCAGCAUUUGGAUGUGAACUUUCAUGAGAUUUUUUUUAGGAGCUUGUUAUCAUGUUGUAAAAUUUAGAAAGUUUGUUUUAUGUUCAUUUGCAAUCUCAUCUCAGAGGCACUCUUUAGAGUCAUUAUCUGGGUUUCUGGUGGCCCUUUUGGAUAUUUCUUCAAACUGGGAGGUAUCCCUUGAUUCUGUGCAAAGAGCUCAGGUACAAUGUAUGACCUUAGUAUGUCAAAUGGUCAGUCACAUGCCAAAUGAGAAAAUACUUGUAUUAUUUUGGCUCAUUGACUGCAAAUUAAUUAAAUAUAUGUCUCCUGAAAAUAAAUUGUAAUUGGUUUAUAAACUGUAAGUUAUUAUCACUGAACAGGCCCACUCCAGACACAGACAUAGCUGCAGUUAAAAUAGCAGCUGUAUAUUUUUAAACCUUACUUGAUUUGCUGUCAUGAUGGUCUAAAAAUAUUUACCAAAGUGGACAGACUAUGGACUGUAAUGUGCAUUCUUUCCUUACACAGUGGUUUGAACAUGAUUGAAGUAAUUAUUUCUGGUUUGUUUGGGUUUUUUUUUGUUUCCUAACCCAGACCUUGAGUAAUUUUGCAAGUUGCAGGGAAUCAGGAAGUGUACAAGUUUAGAGAAAUGUUUUGUCACCUGACUUAUCUGUGUGUCACCUGCCUCUGGAUGUUACGUAUCAAAUCUACCAAGGCAAAAUUUGUUAACUUUCUGCAGAGUGUUUUGAGAUUGUAGUUUGUGUACUUGCAACAAUACCAUCAACUAAACCACAGCCAGCUAAACUAUCAAUUAAAAUACAGAGCUGAUUACUGGCAUGUCAGAAUAGAAGAAGCAUUCAAUCCCUGAUAAAUAUCAGAAAGAAACUCUCUGUCCCUUCUUCCUGUCCUCUGUGUUCACAGAUUUGACAAUGAGAAGAGAGGAAUAGAUAUCUUUUGUCUGAAAAGAACAGCAUAUACAAGUUAGAGAUGAGGUAAACUAAACUAAAAAAUGCUUGAAUAACGAGGAAGACUGAUUCUCCAUCUGAAUGCUGUGAUAUGGUCACUUUUCAUAAACAAAGCAUGUAUUUUCUUUCUCUACACAUGAUUUGGAUGGGGUUUAUUUCAGCAUACAACAAUGUGAAAGCAAACCUCUCUCCAGAAACUUUGCUAUCAGUCCUUUCUGUGUUUUGGAGAGCAAUAAGGCCUAUGCCUCUAAUGUAGGGGGGUUUUUUAUCAACUGUUUCUCCCCAAGAGUUACUUUUGCAGUGGAAAGUAUUGUUCACACAGUCAUGUUUUUAUUGCAGUGUAAUGUACCCAGCCUUCCUCUGACCUUAUGCAAGUCAUGGCUGGGACUAUUUUUAGAGAUUAUAUUUGCAGCAAAAUGCUACAAGAAUGAGAGCAGCAAGAAUGCCACCAGUGUGAAAUAAAUCUAUCUGUAUCUCCUGCUUCUCUGAACUGCAUAAAAGUAGGUGUAACUAAACAGCCUAAAGCAGGACAGCUGCCACCCCAAACCACAGGUAUUUAAAGGUGGCUGAGGCCACCCUGGCUAGCACCCUGGUGUCACCUCUGUGCAGAAACCAGUGUUUCCUAAGGCAAGGCAGGAAUGUUAUAAUGGGAAGUCAUAACGUUUUAUUUUCUGCAUUGCUGUCUUGAGCUCUGUCCUUGCAAUGGUGAUGGCACCUUAUACUUGAGAGUUCAAGUUUGUCUGAGUAAAGGGACCACCAAGGUUGUGUAUUCCUUUACUCUGCAGGGCCGAGAGGGAAUGGGGUUCAUUCAUAAGGAGGUGUAAGCAGGUAUAGAUCAGCACUGGAAAUUGCAAAAGAUGGAACAAAGUUGUGUUGAGCAAUUAAUGCACAUCUAAUUUUCAAAUGCGAGUGUUGGUAUUUAGUGCAGAGAGCCACAAGCAUUGCCUUUCCCAUAUGUGUUUCCUUCUCCAGUAUUGUUAAUGACUUCCACUGCCAGGGUGUAAAGAUGUGAAAGACAUGAAGUCAAGAGAACACCUUCAAGAAAGAGAGAGGAAGUUCUUCACACAGAAUCUCUUCCCCCAAGCCAGAGCCCACUUCCUCUGCAAUACACCUCUCCCCAGGGCUAGGUCACUUAAGCCUGGGUUUUUAAAAGAAAACAGAUCUAGCACCGGGCCCAGAAAGCUCCCCCUGGGCAGCACAGGCACUGUGAGCGAUGCUUCAGCCGGCACUGCCGCGCACCCAUUGAGGUCUCCGUGUCCUGCAUGGUGAUCAGCUGCCGCCUCCACUGCGGGGCCACCUUCCACAUGUGCAAGGAGGAGGAGCACAAAUUGCUCUGCCCCUUGGAGCAGGUGUCCUGCCUCAACUCAGCCUAUGGCUGCCCUUUCUCCAUGGCCCGCUUCAAGCUGGGGAAGCACCUCCAGGUCUGUCCAGCCAGUGUUGUCUGCUGCUCGAUGGAGUGGAACCGCUGGCCAAACGUGGAUUCAGACACAACACUGCACAAGAAUAUUAUGAAAGAGACCUUGGAUGAAGAAUGUCUGGACACAGCUUUGGCACUCAGAGACCAGAGGAUACUUUUCAGGGCUUUGAAAGUAGCUGAAUUAUUUCCAGAGUGGAGGAAAAAGGAUGAACUGGAAGAACUAAUGGAUCAAGCCAUGGGUGGGGAAGCAGGUGCUGUGGGAGGAGCUGCCUGUGGUUCCCAAGAGGGCAAUGACCAGUCUGAGCUCAGCCAACGUGAGCGGGAAGAUUUGGCAAAGGACAAAGAGGGAAUGGAUCUGGGGAGUUACAAAACAUGGGAGAACAUUUUCAGCAAAGAGCUUCUGGCUUGCCAGGUAACAGGCUCAGCAACCAGCUCAGGACAAAAGACAGAGGAGGCUUCCAAGAAAACAGCAGCAGCCUCUCGUGCUGCCAGCUCCACAGAGAAGGCAAAGGAAGGAUCUAAUGGUGAAGAAGAGGGAAAGGCCCAAAAGUCUGAACAAGUAACACCGAGUAGAGAACUGAAUGGACUGGCUCCCUGGCAAGAAGGGGUCCUGGAGAGGCUGAAGAAGGAAGUCGGUGUAGCGGAUUACAACAUGUACCUGGUACAUCACGGGGGAAUGCUCAUCCGCUUUGGCCAGAUGGCUGCUUGCACUCCCAGAGAAAAAGAUUUUGUCUAUGGGAACUUGGAAGCCCAGGAGGUGAAGACUGUCUACACCUUCAAAGUGCCAGUUAGUUACUGUGGCAAAAGAGCACGACUAGGAGAUGCGCUGGGCCACAAGAUGCCAACUUCAGACAAGUCAGUGGAUACCUCAGAACUGGGAAUAAACAUAGAAGAACUACCUAAGACAAAUAUAGUUGAAGCCACACUGCUGUGUGCUCUGGAGAAAGAGCUGAAAGGCCAUGAGAUCUCUGAAGCAAGAGGUAUUGAUGGACUCUUUGUGGAUUUUGCAACACAGACUUACAGCUUUCCUUUGGAGCCCUUCUCCUCCAGCGCAGUUCUAGCAGAUAUUCUGGAUGAAAACAGCCCACCAGAACUGCACAUGGAGCUCUACACUGAAUGUGUAACCAGAAGACACAACAAAAGCAGUUCGGCUUUCACGUUCACUUGCAGUCAUUUCUUUAGGAGGGAUGAGUUCCCAUUCCACUUCAAGAAUGUGCACGCUGAUAUCCAGUCAUGCCUGGAUGGAUGGUUCCAGCACCGCUGCCCACUGGCCUACUUGGGAUGUCCUUUUGUCCAAAAUCACUUCCGCCCCGAAGGACUUAAGGCCAAGGUUAUAUACAGCAAGCCUCUCAAGACAUUUGCUAUUAAGCCAGAGGUGGACACCCUUCUUGCUGAACCGGGCAAGUGCAAUUCCAUAGUGGAUAGUCGAGGGAGAAGCAAGGACUUGCUGAGCAGCCUCCCAGUGGAAGUGCUCAAGUACAUUGCAGGAUUCCUGGACAGCUUCAGUUUAUCUCAGCUAUCACAAGUGUCAGUGCUCAUGAGGGACAUCUGUGCCACGCUUCUUCAAGAGAGGGGAAUGGUCCUGCUGGUUUGGGAGAAAAAAAGAUAUUCCCAUGGUGGUACUUCUUGGAGAGCUCGCAAAAAGAUCUGGCAGUUCAGCAGCCUGUUCUCCAGAGUUCACAACUGGCAGCGCAGCGAUGUCCCGAGCAUGUCGGAGCACCUGAGGAAUUGUCCCUUCUACCAGGCGGAGCACAGGACAGACCCCGUGCUGCUGACGGGCAUGAGCGAGUCUCGGGAGCAGACUCGAAAGACUUUGGUCUCUACUUUCAAGCACAGAGUCUGAACAACUUGCUUCCCCUCUGCCAUGCUCCCUUCAGGGCUCUGAGAUGAAGAUUUGGGGAUUCAGGUGUAAAGAUUGUUGCUUCCAGCUCUCCUUUGGACGUACAAAAUUGGCUUCUCCUGAACUGCGUUUGAAACCUCUGCUUUUUUUUUUUUUUUUCCCUGCAUUAAUUUGUUAAAGCUUCGACCACUGCUUACUAACUUCACAUGCUUUCUGUUUUCUGUUCCUGGUUUAAUACAGCAUCCUGAAGAAAGCAAUGAGGAUCUUAUUUGAAAACAGCAUUUUUACAUCCUUGAAGGGUCUGAACUGGAAAAAGGGAUCCAAUUCCAGCAGAGCAUUGAGGUUGCUCUCAGUCCAGCCCCCACACUCUGGAUCUUCAUGACUUUGAUCUUGUUUGUGUUGUCCUCAAGUCCUGUGAAGUGCAAGAGCAAUACUCCACACACUCCAGGCUGAUGUGUCUUGUAGUGUUUCCUCUCACUGGAAGAGUGGAAGUGAAAUGAAGGCAUCGUGGAAAUCAGAAAGGUCAGAGCAGGGCAAGAAAACUCAUGGCAAGAGGAGACAGGAAACAGAAAAGGUAAUGGGUUUGGAUAGAGACACCUGCCUCUUUGUAGGUGGUGUGAGGAGAGGCAAGAGGAGACAGGUGAAAGGGCACAGGAAUGAAGGGAGUUGGGAUGUGCUACCAAACCAGAGAUUUUCUGGAGAAAAGCAUUUCCAUGACAAAGACUCUGGAAGUUCCCAGCUGGUGCUAUACAGUAACAUGGGGCAGAUGAUAAUUUUUAGGGGGAGAAAGGGCAAGUGACCUGCUGACAUGUAUCCUGAGUCUGGGUUGAAGGAAGGAAUUUUUUUGAUCGACCUCCAACUCCCAAAACAGAGAGCACAGAUAAGGUGAAGUUUAUCUGAACAGUGCCUGUUAUUUUGUGAAACUCUGUAACUCCUUGUUGCAUUCUUAGGAAUAAAAAUUAUUAUGGUAUAAAAAAACACAUUCAAAUUCAGGUCUUAGCUUCUUUUCUUGAUUUCAUCACAUAAGUGUAUGUUUUGCCUUCAAAUCAGUGGCAGUUUCUGUACUCUCAUAUUCAUAUGCUCCUGUCC